UGAAAUAUUGAGAAUUGGAACAAUGUCCGAUUCGUCAGAUGACAAUUACGUGACAUUCGGCGUGGCUCUUGAUCCCUUAGACGAAGAGAACAUUCCACGCAAGAAACCCGUUACGGUCGAGGAUCAAUAUGCCUGUGAUGCCCAAGGUAGACGCAGAUUUCACGGAGCCUUUACAGGUGGUUUCUCAGCUGGAUACUUCAACACCGUCGGUACUCGCGAUGGCUGGAGGCCACAGCAGUUCAAGUCUUCCAGGAGCAGCAAGGCGGGCAACAUCACUCAACGGCCGGAAGACUUUAUGGAUGAGGAAGAUACGGAUCUCUUUGGGAUAGCUCCAAAAGGAAUCCGAGCUACCAGUGAUUACGCCGAUCAUGGACAGAAAGGAAAGAAGAGGGAGAGGAUCAGCCAGGACAAUAGCGGGCCCAUCCCCGGCACUCCAGUCUUGAAGGAACUUCUUAAACCCGUCAAAGAAACAGUUGGGAUUGUCCUGCUGAAGAAGAUGGGCUGGAAGCCUGGUCAAGGUGUGGGCUCUAGGCUAACCAAGAGAGAGAAGCGCAGGAUGAAACAACGUAAUGAGAAGUUGGCGAAUCGUGAGGUAGUAACGGUGAGCAAUUCCGAGGAUUCUGACGACGAUUCCGUCACCUUCGCCCCCGACGAUUACGAGCCGUUCAGGUGCAAACCAAAGGACAAUUACUUCGGCAUCGGCUACUCGGGUCUGGACAGACGGAAAGUUCUCUCCAGCCACAUCAAUCUGUUCGAAACCCCGGCGUUUUGCGUUCAAGACAGGAACAAGAAGCUGUCGAUACACGGCCAGGCGUUCGGAGUCGGCGCGUUCGAGGCUGACGACGAGGACAUAUACGAACGAGAAGAUAUGUCGCGGUACGACUUCGCCUUGGGUCCUGAGCGCAAGACGAAGACGAGAUGGUCCCAGGACGACGGCCCGAGUGGCUCGCAAGCCGACGGUUUCGUCCGCGCGAAGGAGAGGCUCGAGUGCAAGAAGGUCUUCAAGCCACCGGAAUUGCCGAAAGACUUCGCACCGGUGCACGCCGUCAGGAUGAGCAGAUUCUACCCGCCGAUCGCGGCAAACGGCAAACGCAGGGAGCUGAACGCCGUGGAGAGAGCGCGGAUUCUCCAAGAGCCGGACGAUCGCUCGAAGAAGCCGUCAUCCGUCGCCUCGAGCAUUAUCUCGAAAACGUUGCAACAGACCGAGGAGGCCCGACAAACGAGCGGUUCGUGGUUGGACAAGUUGAAGGUCGAAAGCUUCGUGAAAGGCGGCGUCAUCGGAAAGGAUAACACGGGCAGCUUGAAGAAGCUGGAAGAUUUCGCGUCAUCGAGCACGGACGCGUCGGAUAAGAGGAAAUUGUUCCUGUUUGACCCGGACAAGCAGAGACGAUUCGAGCAAUAUCUCACCUUCCUGAAGAGCAAUGAGCCGAACAAGCUCGAGAGCAUUCAGCCGCUCUCCAUGACCGACUGGGAGAGAGAACAGGAACGCACGGAGUUCGAGCAAGCGGCCGAGCUCGAGCGGUCGAACGAGUUCGCCGAUCGCAAGGUGGAACCAGACGAUGAUAAGAAGCAAGCGGUCAAGAUGAAGAUGUUCGGCAAGCUCACCCGGGAACGGAGCGAAUGGAAGCCGGCGAGUGUCGUAUGCAAGAGAUUCAACAUCCCCGAGCCGAAAGUCGGCUGCGCCCAAGUCGCGACGAAGACGACAAAAUUCUCCGUUUUCGAUUCUCUGGACUGGUGCGACUCGUCUAAAUUCACGAAAGCCACGGAAGAGGUGAGCGAAGCCGGUAUCCCGUCUAAUGUCUAUCAACCUUCGGAAGUCGUUUCCGAGAAAUUCAAGAUCUUCGAGGCUUCCUACGAGAAAGUCUUCGGCAAAGGCGCUCUUCAGAGCGCUUCUUCAACUCUUCCCGUCCAACAGGAUGAAGCGGCUGAUAAAAGUUUCGAGGAGAAAAGUUCCGAAGUCGCCCGAUCGGAAGAGAAGAAGGACCUGUUCAAGGCGAUCUUUCUCAGUAGCAGCAGCGAGGAUUCCGACAGCGAGGUGGAGGAGAACGUCGUCGAGGUGGUCAAGUCGAUCCUGAUCGGGAAAGACCCGAAGGAGAUGAACUCGCAGCGGAACACGUCGCCGCCGCGAGGUAUCUUCGCGAAGCUGGAUCUCGACAGUCUGGUGGCGCAGCCGAAAGCAUGCGCCGCUAAGACCAGUUCGGACGAUCGUCAACUCGCGGAUUGCAGCGGCGCGACGGAAGCUGCGAUACAGCUGCCGGACAUGUACGGUCCGGUGUUACCGCAGAGGUUGUUGAAGCAAGAGGGCGGCGCGACGAACGAAGCCGAGGAUGACGCGAUGCCGGUGUUCCGCAGCGUCGUAGUGUCGAGAAGCACGAGCGACGACUCGAAGAAGCUCGUCGGCGAGUGGGUGGAGCGCGAUAAGGCGAAGAAAGAGAAGAAGAAGCACAGGCACCACAGAAGGCACAGGAAGAAGUCGAGGAAGGAGAAACGCUCGAGACGUUGAUACCUCGUCUAAUCUCGGUGAUUUAGAAACAAAUUUGCCAGUGUAACUGUAUAUACACGACCUUCUUUCUCGCAAACUGACUCCUUUAAGGACGUGAUGGAUGUAAUAAUUCUCUUUCGCUCCAAACGAUCAAGUAUUAGCUCUGGUCCUUUAAGAUGUAAGUAAAUCGUUCAGUCACGAUCGAUUAUUCUUCUAAUAAAUGAUGAAUGUGAUCGAUGCAGUUUUUCCUUCCUGCGCAUUUAUGCCAGCGAGUUGCUGCUGAUGUUAAAUGAACGAAAGAUUUGCGGAUAGUUGGUGAAAUAUUAUAUUUUUCCAAAAAUUGUCUGUAUUACAGCUCGCAUACGAUCGGCGCAGAUCCCAGCGGCGAGAACCAUCGCGUAGACUCACACCCGCGUAAAAAAAAAAAA